AUGAGGCUCAUGGACGAACACAUAGCGACUUCAGCAGGCCUGGGAGACGAUAUAACUCUGGGGAAGCCUAACCUUCCCAAGCAUGAGCCAGACCACCCGGGCUCCCCCACUCCCAGCGUGCCGUUAGCUCUGUCUGUCUGGCGUGGGGUCCUGGAGGCCCUAGUGGAGCUGGUCCGGCAGCCAUCAUGCAAGGUGGUGCUGGGGACCGCCUUCUUAUUGGGAGUCGGAGGUCUCCUGCUGUGGAUCCAGAGGGAGAAGAGAAGGAAGAAGUCUUCCAAGUCAGUGGCCACCGAGGACCCAGAACUGUCCGAAUGCCACAAAGCCAAGAAUGAGAGCUGGAUCAAGUCGCACUUCAGCCGCUUCUCAGAAGAGAAGUUGGCCAGCUGCAGCAACAUGGCCACAGCCGCCACCAGUGGCAGUGCCACUGGCCCCAAGCCUGACAGCGGCAGCGGAGAGGCCAACACCACCAUCCGUGUGGAGACCUUCACCACCAAGCAGGAAGGAAGCUCAGCCGUUCACCGUGAGUCCUUCACCAGCAAGCAAAGGAUGUCUGGCACCUCUAUCACCAAGGAGACCCACAGGGAGUCCGGGAAGUCCUCGGCCACUGACGCAGCCACAUGGGCCGCCGUUUCUGCCUGCACCAAGGAGAUCGACACCAAGGGCCGGCAGCUGGCCAACUCCAUGCUGCAGCGUGCCAUCUCCUACCAGCACUCGGGCCAUCUGGAGACCAAGGACAUCAACCAGGAGGAGCUAAAGGCCCUAGAGGAGGUGGAAAUGAAGCUGAAAGGGGAUUUCCUCACCCAAAGGGAGACAACCGUGGCCGGCAUGAACCAUUCCCACACCUUCCAUGGCCACGGUCACCACAGCCACCAGGACCACUCGAGCCACUCAAACCACCCGAGCCACGCAAGCUACGCAAACUAUGCGAGUCACCACAGCCACAGCCUACCCAGCCGCAGCCACCAGAACUACGGCCGCUUUGAAGCCACCUAACCACAGAUGGCCACCCCUUCCCCCAACAAGGCUGGCACAGCAUACAGGCCCUCUUUCUCUGCCUGUGGCAGGAAAUGCUUGAGGCCCAGAGGGAGAUACUGCUGCUCAGACUCUUACUUCCUCAGUCCCCCACCCCCUUCCCCAGGGGUUGACUCCAUCAGGAGGAUCAGCCACUGCGGGUGGGCAUUGAUGGAGGGGAGCUGGGUGGUGGUGCUGCAGCUGAGGCUGCCUUGGAGGCUUCUUGGGGUCUCCCCCCAAGAAGAUGAAAGAGGCAGACCCCAGGAGCUGCUGAGAGCCCUAUGCUGAGGCCACAUGCCUGCAGCUGAGCCAAUAAAGCCUUGUGUCCCUCACCUUGA